AACAACAAAUUUCCCUCUUCGAUAAAGUUCAAGUUCCAGGGACCUACAACUUAUGUACUCUUCAAACUCUCUCUCAGUCUCUCGUCUGCCUCCCAGCAGCCCGAGCUGCCCUUCUUCCUCCUUCCUGCUCACGCAGGCCCUAGCCACCCCAGCUUCCGUUCUUCCCCUGCUUGCGCCAAGCAUAACCAGGCAUGCCUCUCUCUUAUCUGAGUAGCAGAGCUGCUGCCAUUGCCUCGAGAAACCCCGCUGUCUCACAGUUCACAUAAUUUCGGAAUCCCAAUAUAAGUUUGAAAACCACCCAGAGUCUCCAUGUUUCCAUUCUCCUGCAAAAAUGGGUUCUCUACUCUCUCUGUCUUUCCUGCAUUGGGCGAGCCCUGAUCUUCAAAGAAAGGCACGAGGAUUCGAUUUCCACUCAUAGAACUGGAAUCCCAUGUGAAACGCUGAUAGAGACCUAAAUAAUGGAGCACAACAUUGAUACCAUGGAAUCUUCAUCAUCAUGCUCAAUUUGCCAGGAGUGUGGUAAACAUCCAUUCAAGUACAGGUGCCCUGGUUGUAAUGUAAGGUCCUGUAGCUUGCCCUGUGUGAAUUCUCACAAGAAGCGAUUAGGGUGCAACGGCAAGAGGAGUCGAACACAGUUUGUGCCAUUAUCGAAAUUCGAUGACAACAUCUUGCUCUCAGACUACAAUUUGCUUGAGGAAACGAAAAGGAUUGCAGAUUCUACUCGGCGAAUGAGAGAUGACUUUAAGAGUUUUGGUUACAAACUGCCCCGCAAUCUCUUGGCCCUUUGUAGGUCAGCCAAGAAACGUGCAACCAAGGUUCUUAUUCUCUCACGAGGCAUGUCUAAGAGAGAGAAAAAUCGUUCUUACUACAGUUGGAGCAAGCAAUCCAUUUACUGGACCGUUGAGUGGCGUUUCGAUUCGACUGAAGUUGUUUUUACAGACCAUGGGAUAGAGGAAAAUAGGGAAUUGCAAGGUGUCAUAGAGAAACAUUUAAAGCCGGGUCCUUGGAAUCUACAAGUCGACGGGAAGCUUAAACCUUUCCGUAAGGAGCAGUUGGAUAAACUUAAGUUCCUCGUUUUGAAGAACCCUAAGGGCCCAAAGCCUUUGUUUCGUGAGUUAGACAUCACUUCACCGUUACGGCACCAAUUGAUCGGCAUUAUGCUCAUUGAGUUUCCUGUCAUCCACGUUGUUCUCCCUCAACAUGCCCAUGAAUUUGCAAUCGAUGAAACCUGGGUUUCGGUUCCAAGAUCUAGAAAUUGUCCACCAGAUGAACCUUUACAUGACCUUCCCAGUCCCAAGGGUGUCUAUUUUCGAGAAGAAGAAAUACAAGAAGAUGAUGAGCUUGCACAAAAACCACAGGUUUUGGACUCCUCAAACCAUGUAAGUUCUGUUGAAGAUAUUUUAAACAUUGUUGGUGGCUCAAUAAAAGAGGUUGCUGGAGAGAGAGAAGGAUAUCCUUCUAGUGAACAAGAGGUUGUUAGAGAGGGAGGGGAUUUCUCUUUGGAGAAACAGGGACUUCGAAAAGAUGUUAGUCCUGUUUUGAAAAGUGAAGAAAUGGAGGAUUAUUUCCCAUCAGAUCUCGAGGCAUUUGAAGUGAACAAUAGCAUGGAUUUUGGGUUUGAUCAGGUGUUCGAGGAUGGUGUUUCGCGGAUUUCCCCUGGAGAAUUGUAUGGGGAUGACCAUUCGUUCUUCAAAGGUGUCUACUUUGAAGAUGACGACGACAGAGAGGAGGGUGAAAUUGUAGAGUUUUGAAAAUGAAAUGGUUACUUUUUCACUGGUCUCGGAGAGGAAUGACGAAAUGUAGAAUUUUGCAAAUGGAAUGGUUUCUUUGUCCAUAAGGGUUUUGAGGAAUUUCUGAAAAUGGAAUGUCAGUCUUCACUCUGUGAUGUAAGGAAAAAUUGAUGACCUUAUGUGCUGAAAGAUAAGAGUAAGUGCCACUCCGUUCAAUUUAGAGUUUCAUGCUCUGGAGUUUUUCAUGAAUUUGUUUCUACAAAAAGGUUUGUGGUAUUUUGUGAUGUUUCCAUAUUGAUUGAAUGACUGUAUCGAUGAGAACCUUGAUUAUUUUUCAGUCCCUUUAAAGAAUCAAUUUUGAAGCUGUUCCCUAA